UCUACUAAGUUCAUACAUUUCCAGCAUAAAUUUCUCUUUAAAUUUUUCUGUUUUGAAAAUCAGUUAAGAACUGCGUGUUUUGUUUGGAUUUAACUAGGAUUUAACAUAGCUCCUAAGUCAGGCGUAUUAAUUUGACGUUGGUGGGAAAAGAUAUUAUGCUGAUGAGCGUCGUCCAUUUUGGCAAAGGUUCUAAUCAGAGAGAGGGACCAACUAGACAUCUUCCACUUGAGAAAUAUUCAACUUAAAAUUUCUGAGGCAUUCCGGAGCACAAAACAAAUAAGUGUUACCAAACCAAAUGAUAAGCCUCGAUGUGGAAAAAAUGGCUCUUUUUGGUGGAAGCCGUUGCUAUAGUAAUAACGAACACCAUCACCAUAGUGACAUUCACAAGAACUCCUCGUCUGCGCAUGCGCAAAUACUAUUUGAUUAUCAAUCUGGCAGUGGUUGAUCUCUUGGUGGGACUGGUAGCGGUGCCUUUAUACUUUGUCGCUUUGAAUGAGAAAACAUUUUUGGCAUUCUGGAUAUUUGACCCGUUUUUAGGAAUUGCGUCUUUAUUGGGCUUAGCUGCCAUAGCCAUUGAACGUACAUACGCCACGUACUAUCCAUUCAAAUACCGCGCGAUAAGCAAGACUCCAUACAUCAUUGGGAUAGCUGUGGUGUGGUUGACAGCUUUGCUUUUUACCGUGUCCAUCUUGACAACAGGGUUCGUUGAGAGUGGAAUCAUGAUAUUGACGAGUAUUUCAGUCCCACUGGUCAUCAUUAUUUGUGCAUAUUUCCUUAUAUGGAUAAAACUAAGCUGUAUGAGAAGUAUCUUGGGUCACACAAUUUCCCAGAGAGAUAGAAAAUUAUCCGUGACGCUAGCAAUUGUUACCACGGUCAGCUUGAUUACUUGGGUUCCUUUUAUGGCGUAUUCGGUGUAUUUGACGUUUUGCUAUAUACAAAGGUGUGAGACAAGUAGUUACAGUUGGUCUGUGAACAUAGUCCACAUGUUCAAGCUACUUCACUAUGGUAACUCCUUUGUGGACUUUGCAGUCUAUUCAUUUCGCAUGCGUAAUUUCAGGACUGAAAUGGCACGUAUGUUUGGGUUUCUGAACUGUAAAAACUCUGUGCAAAACUAUAAUCUUAAGUAACACAGCAUAGAAAUGAAAUAUGAGCCAGCAGGAGAGAGAAUGACACAAGCACGAUGUUAAUUAGGCCAUAUAAUCAUAUGAAUCGUAACUAAUCGUGCCAAUUGUUUCCAUGAAGUUCUUGCUUGCCUUAUGACGCCUGACACAAUAAUUUCUCAUUCUCUGUUAGCUGAUUCUAUAUUGAGUAAAUAAUUGAAUGGUGAAAUAUUCCUGCAUUUCAGUGUUGCGUCUUUGAGUUAUGAACGUUCAAUCUCACAAUAUGUUAAUGAAAAUAACGUCAAAGAAGGCUUCAUUAGAUAUUCGAACUUUGAAGGUUUCAGGACAUUAAAUUUAUCGUAGGCAAGGUAGGGAAUAACCAUAUUCCCAGAUGGCGUUCAUAAAAAACAUUUUUGAGUGACAUCAUUAUCAUUAGCUUGUUGUAAGAUUAAAACUUCAAAACUCAAAGACGCAACACUAAAUUCUGAAAUGCAGGAAUAUUUUUUUAUUCAAUUAUUUACUUUAUAUAGAAUCUCUUAACAGAAAAUCAGCAAUUAUUGUGACAGGGGUUAUAGGCACUUUAAGUUUUUGUUCAAUAAACAAAUAAUAGAGUGA